AAACCGCGGAAAAGGCAGUGUCGAUACGCGCGCUACUUAUCAAUGAAUUUGGUGGAAAGUGGCAAUGUUGAAAUCGGAAGUGUUUAAAGUAUUUUGUUCUAAAAACGCCAUCAAAUAUUAUGACGGCGCAGGCAAAUCGUGUAAUUUUACGUAUGGCCAACUCUGGGAAGCGAUUACCGAGGUACGAAAAGCUAUAAACGAACAUCAGUUGUCGCAUUUUUUUCUUGGAGUCGCCCUGAACCACUCGCCAGCACUGAUUGCAAUAACUUCCGGCAUUCAUUUAAGUGAAUCGGCGUUUUUCUGUUUCAAAAUUACUUCUUUGGUGAAGGCCCUUGAAAGUAUACCCACAAAUUAUUGUUUCAUCUACAAAGCUGAUGCAGAUUGUAUCCUUGAAAGGUCGGCCAAUCAGACUAAGUUUAAAGUUCUAACCGAAUUAAACCUGCUAGAUGAGCGAAUAGUUCUUGUGCAAUAUGAAUCUGAUUCAAAGAUUCCUAAAACUAUAGAUUCGGAAGUAGCGUACUGUGUCGCAACAUCCGGAAGUACCGGAACUCCCAAGCUGGUACGUGUUCCGACACAGUGCAUUUUACCAAACUUGCUGAAACUGGAAAAACUGCUGAAACUUUGCAACACAGAUCAGAUUCUGGUAUCGUGCCCGCCAACAUUUGAUCCGUUUGUGGUAGAUGUGUUUCUGGCGUUGCGAAAUGCGGCAUGUAUUAUUUUGACUACCAAUGAGAUUCGUUUGAAUGCGGCUCGUUUACAGAAUGAGGUCUUUGAGCAAAACGAAAUAACUAUUAUGCAGAUUACCCCGUCGCUGUUAAGACAGUGGACCGAUGAUGCCAUUCGGAACGUUCUGCUGGGGAAAGACAGCUCUUUAAGGCAUCUAAUUUUGGGAGGCGAGCCAUUUCCAGGCUGGCUGAAAAUUCCGGCCGACAGUCCGGUCAAGGUUUAUAACAUUUACGGGAUCACCGAAGUAUCCUGUUGGGCUUCGGUUGAGCUUGUCACUGGUGUGGAAUGCUACGGGCCAUCUCUGGGUAAUCCUCUGGACGACUCUAUCGUGUUUCAAUUAAGAGAUGUCGAUAAUGGUGAUAUUCUGGAUUUAGAGCGCACUGCGAAGCCCGUUCGUGGUCAUCUACAUAUUGGCAGCAAAGUUCGGAAAUGUGUUGUAGGGGAAGAAUCGCCAGUGGAGGUAUUCAAACGUGAUAUAAUGUGCUAUCGCCCAACGGGAGAUCUAGUGGAACUGAAAUCGGACGGCAAGUUUUAUUAUGUAGGACGCUGUAACGAUAUGGUUAAGCGGUUAGGCAUAAGAGUCAGCUUGACAUUAUUGGAACGGUGUGCAGAUCAAUGCAAAGAAAUCACAAAAAGUUGCGCCAUUUUUGAACCCGAACGACAUAGAAUAACGCUUUGCUUUACAUCGCGUAACAAAGUAAGGAAUGACAAUAUCAGGAAGUUCCUGGAAACCAAUUUGAGACCAGAAGAAAUGCCUGACGACAUUUCUCAUGUGGAAAAAUUACCGAUAUGCGAGCAUGGGAAAAUUGAUCGUAAGAAGUGUCUAGAAGAACUUCAAAAAGCAAACUCUACUGUAAAAUUUCCCAAUAAGGAUCUCAAAGAACUUUUCAUCAGUAAUGUUGCACAAGUACUCGGAAUUCACUUACAAUUUAACGUAACUUCUAUUCCCAAGCGUUCCAAAUUUGACCUGCGAAGUUCUUUCCUAGACGCCGGAGGUACAUCUAUUCAAGCGCUCCAAAUCACCACAGCAUUGCAAGACAGCUCCGAAACGCCCCUUCCGAGUUUGAUUGGAAUGCUUUUGAAUAAAUCUGCACCUUUGAAGGACGUCUUAGAUUACCUGGAAAAAGCAGCAACUUCUUUUCCUAAGCUCCAUGCAACCACUGAAAAGAGUGAGCACCCUAAGAAGCAAAUGACCAUCAAAUGCCAUCUCAACAUGAACAAAUGCAUUGAUGCAAGUCCCACCUCUUUCUACAGUGUGAGUCAGAAACGCCGAAUCGUCGCAGUUGGAAGCCACUCCCACCAGCUGGUAGUUGUUGAUAGUGAAACGGAUCAUAUUAUCACGCGGUUGAUGUUACCGGAUAGGAUAGAAAGCGCCGUCAGCUUUAUUGCCAAUCGGGAGUUGGGGCUCGUUGGCUGUUACGAUGGACUGUUGUAUUGCUUCGACUUGUGGACCGGUGAAAUUCGAUGGAGUUUCGAUUCCGGUGGAAUGAUCAAAUGCAGAGCAUUGGUGGCGGAGUCGGUGGUACUGUUUGGAAGCUAUUCCGAAGAUGCUAAUUUAUUUGCCUUAGACCUGAUCGGUUCCCUGAAUUGGAAGACUCGUCUGGGUACCAAAGGAAUUCUUUCUUCGCCCCUCUCCAUUGGGAACGGCAAAGCGAUCGUUGCCACACUUGACGGCACGUAUAGUUGCCUCAACAUUGCAACUGGAUCUGUGAUAUGGAAGGGGAAACUCGAAUCGCCUGUUUUUGCUAAUGCAACGUUCAUUCAACAGUAUGAUGCAGUUCUAGUGGCUGAAGUGCAAGGAAUUUUGCACUGUUUCGGCGGUAUAUGUGGUUCAGAGUUAUGGAAAAUACAAACCGCCGGAAAUCUCUUCUCUUCCCCACUAGUAGUAUCCGGUAGUAUCGAUCGGACGGUUGACAUCCUGUUUGGCUGCCACGAUAAACAUCUUUAUUGUUUUAAUUGGACAGGUAAGUACUGCGAGAGUCCGGUUAUCAAAUGGAAAGUAUUGUUGCAAUCACCCAUCUACGGGUCCCCAAAUAUCAUCAUGGACUGUUUUGUUGUGGCAUGCAGCACUUCAGGGAUAGUUAAUUUAGUUUGUUUGUUGAGGGGAGAAACUGUUGGUGUGCUGAAACUUGGAGGUGAGAUAUUUUCUAGUCCGUUAGUUACUGUAUUUAAUGAAAUUUAUGUGGGAUGUCGUGAUAAUAGGCUCUAUAAGUUAGCUGUAAUUGAAUGAAAAAAAGUUAAUUACUUUA